AAUUUUUAACAGGGAGAUCGUAAAACAUCAACAUCAAAAAUCAAGAUGGAAGAUAGAAGAACUGCGCAAUUGCAAGUAAUUCGAUGAUAAUCAAGCUUAAAAACCCCGCCCGAAGCAUCCCUUCAGUUUCGCCAUCAAUUCAGUUUGCAGGAAAUAGUAUUUCUCUGUCAGGACAGCAGUGUGCUCUUCUAUUUUUCACCUCGUGACCGGAGUCAACGAAAAGCAACAGUUGGCGGAGCUUCAGAGCGACGAGGAAAUAACUAUGCCCGAGUAUUGUUGUGACAAGAACGUAUAGCUCGCGUGGAAAGAGAGAGAGAGAGAGAGAAAGAGAGAGAGCAAAUCGGAAAUCGCACAUGCGUAAGAUUCGACGAUAUAGAGCACCAGAAGAAGACAGUCGCGCUUAAACGGCGCCCAGCGUCAGACGUGUUAGUGCGUCGUCAGAGACAGUCGAUCAUCCAAUCUAUCCAAGGAACAGUUACCUCUUCACCAAAAGAAUCUUAAAAGGAAGAUCCAGUUAGAGAGAAGAAGAGAUUAUUGUCAUUUAUGGGCGGAUAAAUCUUUGGUUGGGGUUACUAAUAAUGGGAAUCAGGGAUGGUGCUUUGAACUUUCUUCAUGAAGAUUUCCACCACUUUUGCAUUUUGUGACAUAGGAGAACGCUUUUGAGGAUUAUCGAAGUAUCUCUCCAGAACUUCUAUGUGGAAUGAAACAACGAUUCUGAUCAAUUUUGGAUCCAUCGAAGGAGUGUUUACACAUCUUUUGCCAGCUUCUUUUGCAUUUCGCCGAGCAGCUUCCGGGUACGGGAAAUAGAACACGAGUACGGUGUGCUGAUUCAAAGGUCAAACAGAAUAAGACGCAACUGGAAACAUGAAUGGCUACGAGAACGUAGACUUUAACAAACCUGUGAGCCUCAGCGAUCAGAAGCGAAUCUUGAAAAUGAAAGCUGACCAGUGCCAUAAGGGCAACAUUUCAUCGUCUGGCUGGUGCCCGGAAGUUUGGGAUGAGAUAUUGUGCUGGCAAUCAACGGCACCUGGGGAGUUGGCCAUCCUGCCCUGUCCAUCUUAUAUCACUGGGUUUGAUGUCCAGGCGAAUGCAUCCAGAGAAUGCAUGUCAGAUGGCCAGUGGUUUUGGAAUAGUAGUACCAAUAGUACUUGGAGCAACUACAGUCAAUGCUACAGAAAUUCAUUGGUGACUGUUGUAGUGGCACUGCCCGGUGGUGAAAAGAACAACGGCACUCUUAUUAAAAAAUUUUUUCCGAUAGUAAAGACCAUCUCGAAAGUCGGGUAUACCGUCUCUCUCUUCACUCUGGUGAUAGCUUUCUUAAUUUUGGUUGUGAUCAAUUUAUCCCAAAUUGGACGUAGGAAAUUGAGGUGCCCCCGGAAUAUGCUGCACAUGCAUUUGUUCGCCUCGUUCAUGCUCCGCGCGUUCAUGGCGCUGAUGAAGGACAUACUGUUCGUCUCUGGAAUCGCCUUAGCCUCAGAUGUUAUGAUAAAAAAUGGAAACACAUAUUGGCUAGUGGACGAGAAAGAAAACAGCUGGCUGUGCAAGGUGUUCACCAGCUUCUGGCAAUACUUCAUCCUUGCAAACUACUUUUGGAUACUAAUGGAGGGUCUCUACUUGCACAACUUAGUCUUUCUAGCACUCUUCACCGAUAUAAACUCAAGCAUCAUUGGCUACGUUUGCCUCGGAUGGGGUCUGCCAGCUGUAUUCGUAUCGUGCUGGAUAGUGGCGAGAGUGACUCUCGACAACAAGUAUUGCUGGACCACUCAUGAAAAUUCCAACCUCUUCCUCCUUAUUCGAGUUCCGACUAUGCUGUCGAUUCUGAUCAAUUUUGGGCUGUUCGUCAAUAUCGUUAGAGUGCUCCUGUUGAAGCUCAAGUCCACGGUAUCGGAAGAGACGCAAAGAUACAAAAGGUGGGCGAAAAGUACAUUGGUCCUGGUGCCACUUUUUGGAGUACAUUAUACCGUUUUCUUAGGCAUGUCUUAUAGUAUUGGUGUAGAUGAGACUGUUGAAGUUGUGUGGCUCUUCUGCGACCAACUGUUCGCUUCUUUUCAGGGUUUUUUCGUGGCCGUUUUGUAUUGUUUCCUGAACGGUGAAGUGCGAACCGAGGUAACCAAGGCGAUCAGGAGCCAGAAAUUGCCUCGUUUUCGCACUAGGUGGAACUCAAGACCAUCCACCCACUCUAACAGCACGUGCAGCUGCAAUGCAUCGAAACUUGGUAGACGGUCAAAGCGGCCACGUUGGUGGAAAGAACCUUGGCUCUGUUUUCUUCACGACAGGACAGCUCGACGCUCAACCCACUCGAUGGCGAGUACACAAGAUAUUGGCACGCGAGGAGGUAGUUUAGCGAGCAGCAGAGGUUACUUGGAAAUCGCAGGGAACGGACAGAGCGCAUAUCCGGGAAAUCAGGAUCAACAGGCGAAUCACGCGUCACCCCUCUACAGUAAAUACACGGAUCAAUCCUUACUUUCCUUUUGCUCGAACGUUUCGGAAGUAACGCCUUGCACAGGGCUCAAUACAGAUAGAAUUCGAGAGCAGCAUUGUUGGAGUGAUUCAGAGUGUUGUCAUCUCGCCUACGAGCUACACAAUUUACAUCAUGGGUCCUCAUAAAACCCGUAAUCAGAUUUAAAUCAGUUUACUACUAAGACUCUGCGUGCAAACAGCUAAUAAAAAUAAUGAGAAAAUUUCUUCAGUGGAAGAACGUGUACUAUACACGGUUAUUAUAAAACGUACGAAGACUGUAAAUACAUCAACGGUCCGCCAAAAUUGUUUUAAUCAUAACGCUGCUAAAAAGUCUCGAAUUGUUCAAAAUCCACAUUUCUUCUACUGCUUUUGUAUUACUCUAUAUUUUUUAUAAUGAAGUUGCUAAAACGAGGGAAGAUGGACUUACAAAAUUUCUAUUUUUGUAGUAGAUGUUACUAUUUGCACUAUAAUUGUUAUACAAAGGUUUCUAAAGGAUUUCAUUGAGUUUUACUAUAGAGUGAUUUACGAAACAAUUUAAUUGACAAGUAUUAUCACCGUAGGGUAAUUAAUGCAAUUUAACGCUGAACUGUAACAGUGAUGAAUGACUUGCCAGUAUUUCUAUGACCAUUUUGCUUUAAAUUGCUAACUGUAAACACACAGAUUUAUUCUUUACAGAAAUAUUUAUUGUACGACUAGAAAAUAAGAAACUAUUGGCUAAUAAAUCUAUCUUCCCUCGUUUAACAUUGCACUGUGGAUAUACUUGUAAUAAAUUAUUAACGACAAAUGUUUUUCAAGACUUUUAAGCAGCUAUUUUUUAUAUAAUAAUAUAUCUCAGAUUCUUUAAAAUUAUAAACUGGAGAUUUUAAACUUAAAGACACACGUUUAUUUUUUUAUACAUGUUCUUCUAUCCUUUGACCUGUAGAUGUUAUAUAUACUGCAUCAGAAUCUGCUGAACCCGACUGUAAACGGAUGUAGAUAUAUAAUAAUUCAAGUUGGAUAUACAUAUGUAUUAGCUUUAUAUAUUGUACAUCCAUCUUCAAUUAUUUUUUCGUGUAGUCAACGAGCAAAGUGAACGACCGUUAGUCUGUGAAUAUCGCAUUAUCUCUAGAACUACCACCCAAUAAUUGUUUUGCGAAAAAUAUAAAACAUAGGUUUGACGAAAUUACUCUUGAUUCUUAUCAGGAUAAAAAGAUUAAGGAAAUAGUUCAGGUUGGUAGUACUAGUGUCAGCAAAGAAUUCAUUUGACCAGGGUUACGUGGAUUUCCUGAGACUUGUACUUUGCUAAUAUGGAACGGAUUGAAAUCGAAUGAUGUCCAUAUCCGUUCCCAAUGAGUCUGGAUUAAUUGUCAAGAUGUAGUCCUUUGUCGUUUAUCACUUUGUACAUAGGAUAUGUGAAUAAUUGUCAGUGACGUGUGUAUUUAUGAUGUACAAUUGCAAGCAAAUGUAUGUUUUUAUUCUUGUGUAUACUUGUAUGUGUGUAUUCGGGUUGUUAUUUCUUGCAAUGAAUUCAGUUUACGAACACGAGGAGAUCGCUUGAAAAUUUUCCACGUGCUUUAUUGCCUAUCUGUAUUUCAAAUCUAAUCAAUUCAUUAUCCGUUAUCACGUUCUCGACUGUUCAUAAUUAAACAUAGAUGUAUGGAGACAUUCCGAUUAACGAGGGUUACGUGGAAUUUUUUCGAUGUCAAUUUCAUUGUCAAUUAUUGGUUUCCUUCUUGUUCGCUGUUAUUGUUUUACCAGGAAGAUUCGUUGGAAAAAUAUUAUUGAACGAACAUAUCAAUAUUAAGAAUGAGAAUCAUAAUUAAUAAAUCAGUGUAGUAGCUUGAAUUUAAAAUGAAGACUUGAUAAACAGAUUCAGUACUUUGAUAUGUAAAUUUUUAGAUACAUAAAAUAUUCCAGUGUAUGAGAGCGUCUCUGAUACAACAUUUUCUCUGAUUAAAUCAUGGAAAAGUACUAUAUCUGUUAAAAAGUACAAAUGCGUAAUUGCUUUGGAUCGUACCAUAUUUAAAAACAUUUAUAUUACCUUUUGUCUCAACAGCUUUCUAUUUUAAAGAUCAAGUCGAAGCUCUUAUAUAUGUAUAUUCGAUGUAAAAGUUCAUAAUUGAUUGAAAUAAAGUGGAACGUA